UGUUUGAAAGCGAGCGAGAGAGAGAGAAAGAGAUGUUGUUGUUCUGCUGUCAGUGUAAAGUCACUUUUCUCUAUUAAUACUGAAUGAGCGCAGUUGGGAUUUCUUUCCUGUUGUUUCGGAUGUUUAACAGCAGCUUUGUUUGAGUCGGACACUUUUGGUUUUUGGAGAAAUAGCCACAUUGACAGUCCAUCAGUGAGACAGAGAGUGUUGUCCAGGACUUUGCUGUUCUGACCUGCGUCCUCUCAGUCCAUCCAGAGACAGCAGAUGCAGCGGAGGAGUCAAACUACGCAUUAAAAACAGACGGAGUGAGCCUGGAUCUCGACCUCAUUCCUGGCAUUCUACAAAGCUGGGCGACGGCCCUCAAGACUCAGACAGCAUGAUGCAGGUCACCCAGGGUGGUGUGGGAGCCCCCUGGCACCAGAGCUACCACUCCAGUGCUUCCACCACAGACCUAUCAGGAUUUGAGACGGGAUUUCUUAGGAAGAGCCCUGAUCAGUAUAGUUCCCGGGGCAGCAUGGAAAGCCUUGACCACAGUCACCCAGCUUACAGCUCCUGCUAUCAUCUAUCAUCCUCGAAAUCAUCCAGCAGCAUCGAUCAUCUACACAACAAGCGGGAUUCUGCAUACAGCUCGUUCUCCACCAGCUCCAGUAUCCCAGAGUACCUUGCAGCCACACCAUCAUUUAACAAGGAAAGGUCCUAUUCCAUGGAGAAUGUUCCACAGAGGGAAGGGAUGCAGCAGGCGGAUAUACGCUACGUACGCACUGUGUAUGACAACCAACAGGGGGUGUCUGAGGAGCACGAGAUCACCUCUGCAGCUCUAAUGAGAACCAAUGACAGCAGAGCACGGUCUAAAAGUGGCAUAAUCUGUCAUCGUGGCAGCAGUAGUAGUGAAAGCAGUGGGAGUAGUGGAAGCACUUCCAGCUCACAACGGCAGAGUUUUGGGCCAGUCUGGGAUCCAAUGCACAGCCGGCACUCCUUUGAGAACCUAAAGGGGGCACCAGCUCCCCCAUUACGCAGUGACAGCUAUGCAGCAUUUCGCAAUCACGAACGUCCAAACUCUUGGUCGAGUCUUGAACAUGCUCGGUCACAAAGGGCACUUUCAAAGGGUUUCUGGCAACACUCUAGUGGUUCUGUGGCAACAGGAAAGUCCUCAUUUGGAGCUGAAGGUCAGUUGCAUACAGUGAUUGAAAAAAGUCCUGAAAGUAGCCCCACAACCAAACCCAAGCAAGGCAUUCCUCAGCCCGCACAACCUGGCCGCUUCAUGUUACCAACUGGCGUCUACCCUGUUCCUCCUCCAGAGCCUCAUUUUGCACAAAUCCCAACCAGCAACCCUAAUUCUGGUAGUGUAUACCCAGCACUGGCCAAGGAGAGCAAGCACAACAAUCACUGUGACCGCUUGGGUGGACUUGUAAAAGAGGACAGGCUCGCCGCUGAAAACGGAUACCAAAGCAAUGCUCCCACGCUGAACCCUGUCCAAACACUUCCUUUGGCAGAACCUAGGCUUUCUGAUAGAGUUCAAGAUGACUCACAAGUCAAACCUAGUUUUUAUAGGCCUCAUUUUCAACCACAAAUGCAGAAGUCACAGACCCCUCAUGUUCCCCUAGAGAGGAGAGACCCUUACACCCCUGUGCAACCAAGAGGAGAGAGGCAAAGGUAUUCUGUUGAUUCAGUUUACGACAACUACAGGCCAGCUCGAAAUGAAGAACAAAACAAAACUAAUGAGGAAACUGUCCAUCCAGACCCAAUACACUCUGGAAAAAUUGUACAGGGACAAGUUGCUCAAACAUAUGGAGGAAAUUUCAUUCAGACUCAAGGAAAUGACAACAUAGUCAAACCUUCAAUGCACUACAGUGACUCUAGUGCUCUCCGGCAGAGAGGUCAAGACUUGGAUAACCCCCUGACCAGACUGGAGAAUGCACUUGCAGAGGUUCAGCGAUGUGUAAGUCCUGAAAGUACAACCAGCCAUUGCAGUUUUCAGAGUGAGCGUAGCAUGUCAGUCCUGGAGAAAGUCAGUCAUUUUGAGAGACAGCAAGUCAAACCUCGCAGUCAGAGCAGCCUGUCCCAUUAUGGAUCCACACCUCGGCUGAACCAACCAGCGAGACCCUCCAGUGCCAAGGGUUCCUUUUCUGGUAAGGACGGUGUGCGCACCAUGUUGGAGAGAAGCAACAGCUCAGUUACUGAGAGUUACCAGAGAACUGAGAGCUAUGAUGGACAUGCUGAUAUGCAGCAGGAUUUCCAUACAAGACGUGGGAGUAGUGAUCAAAUACAAUAUCACCAGCAACAAGACCCUACAGUCACUCAGAAGAAGUAUCUUCAAAGGAGUAAGAGCACCUUUCAGCUUGGUGAGGGUAAUGGUAAAGGAGAUAUUCAUGACAUGUUGGGUGCUAUUCAAGACACAUCUUUUAACAGAGCAUACAGAGACAGCCUUAAAGAUGCCCAGUCUAAGGUUUUGAGAUCAACUUCCUUCAGAAGGCGUGACUUUGGUGUUAACCCUCCACCAGUACCAGCCAAGCACAUGUCCCUAGAGCGAAAAGGAACCAAUACAAGUCCCAAAGCAGUUACAACAUCACCACACACUCCAAAAGAACGCCAUGUUGUUCCUGUUGAAGCACAAAACAGAACCACUCCUCCUGAACUCCCCAGUGUCCCAGCUGUUGGACCCCCAGUUUUGCGGAUUUGUGGACGCAAACGGUUCACAAUGGAGCAAAAGAAACGAUCAUAUUCUGAGCCUGAAAAUAUGCAUGAAGUUGGAGUGACUCAGGAAAUCAAUCAAGUUGAGAGGAGGGUUCAACAGCAGUUUCUGUCAAGUGAGACAAGUGUUGCAGACCGGCGCAGAAUGUUUGAGCAGGUGGCAAACCGUAAUGCUGACCCUAGACUGUUCUCCUCUAGGCCCGAUUUGAAGCAAAUGCAGCAAGAUGCUCUUGUCGAGUACAUGGAGCGUAAAACGGGUAGAAGAAUAGAUGGACGCCCAAACCGCCCACAAAGUGCUUAUAUACAGUCCACUUCAUCUUCUGCAGACUCACGGAGCCUCAGCUCCACCCCAAGUCUGUCCUCUUUGCAGGAGCCAGGAUAUGAUGGUCUCUCUGGUGGUAUUCGUAAAGCCUCCACCCUUCCAGCAGGAAUGCAAAGCAACUUUUACCCAAAUAGGGCCACUCAAAUUCACAGUAGGCUUGAGGUUUUUGGCCAUCAGUCACAAGUCGCAUAUCCUGAAUCUCAUAAACCAGGCCCAGCCCUAACUAGACAUACCCUUCCGCAGCACCUUGAAGUUUUUGAAAGAGCCACCACAGCCAGAACCUCAGGGAGGUCAGCUUCAGCUGAGGAUUUGCUGGACCGUAGUGAAGAACGUCCCAUUCCUCAACACUUCAGAUCAAAGUCAUCUCCAGUGGAAAACGUUAGUCAGGACUUUUCAGCGAGAGACCUUCAGUUACUUAGAGGUUCCUCCAAGAAUUUCUCAGAAAACAGGCUGUUGGCGAACAUGGGACCUAAACAGCCAUCAAUUUCAACACGUAUGGAGAGGAGUUACCAGCUAAACCAAGGUCCAGUACAGCAAAAUGCACCAGUGUUGAGACGAGAGCGUCAGAGAUAUUCGGACCGGCCUAGAGCACAAAGUGCAUCUGGUCUAGCUGCAUCUGUAGGACUUCCUUGCCCUUUAACCUCUCCAGGCACUAACACCCACCCCGACUGGCAAAACGGAGACAGACUGUGUCAACCAAACCUAGACUCUAUUGCAUUUCCAGAAACUGGCCCACAAAAUCAGAAGAGUCCGUCCACAGCACCAGGAAUGAUUCGGCAAAACUCCAACGACACCAGUACUUCUGAAGACACCCUGAAGGAUUUCCCAUGUCUGGUCAACACUCCAUCACCACCAACUUCAUCAUCCAGCUCAAAACUUUCCAUAAGUCCAGUCUCCCCAACAAAACCACUUCUCUCUCUUCGCAUCUCAGAGUCUAGCCUUCACAAUAUGCACAACAUAGCUAGGUCUCAAGAUGAUGAUGAAGUGUUUAUAGCUCCACCAACACCUUCUCCUCCACCACCACCACUGCCUUAUAGAGAAAUAGAGAUUAUGGAGGAUUUCCCACCUCCUCCACCUCUUACACCUCCAGUCGAUGAGGAUGUGGGUCUGACUGAGAUUUCACAGCAUCCAUUACAUCCCAUCAGCAGCGAUGAGAAUCUGACAAAUGCAACAGCCCAUCCAGAGCCUGAACCACCAACAACUAACAGCUCGACUCCACCAGUUAGUCCUUUAGAGCUGGAUGCCUCUGAGAUAUUGGGGUCAGACUGUCAUCUUCUGUCCCGGAGAGAGCGGACACACACAGAGCGGCUCGUGGAGACUUUAGCCAGAGAGCUGGUGAAGCAUGACAAAUCGCUGACCUCACUUCUGGACACCUGGGCUGGUAAAACCACACUGGACCUGAUGGAGGACAUCUUCCCUUCACACAGGACAAGCAGCGGGCAUCUGGACAACAGGGCUCAAGAUAUUGCAGAUUCUCAGACGCCUCCUAGAAAAAUGGAAACCAACCUGGACGAUGAAGAAGCUUAUUUGAAUCAAAAGAAGCAUUUUUUAGAUCUUAGCACAAAAACACACACACACACACACACACACACACAC